AUGCCACCAAGAACACGUAACCCCACUUCAGCAAAUGCCUCACCCCUCAGUCCGCCUGCCGAAGGUCCAAAACUUGGUCAAACCUCUCCUCUUGCAUCGGCCCAACGUUUCCGACGUCCACCUCCAGAAGACCCGGUGGCUGCCAAGGUUCAAUCUCUUGCGACAGAGGCGCGAAUCUUUCUUACCUACGACUUUGACUCUAGGCCUCGGACUGUCCCUAUCAACAGACUCAAGAGUGAAAGUAUGGAGGACAUUCUUCUUUCUUUGCGAUAUUUUGCACCUCGAGUGUUUGUACGUUCAUUGGCUAUGAAUAAGGGCUGCCUUACGGACCUAUAUAUCAAGUUUGUUCACGACGGGACUCCUAAUAGUCCCCUUAUCCUUGGGUAUCAUUACACCCUUUUGGAUUUGACCGCAUUGGAUUUUGUAGGGGACUCUAUGGAAGAAGACAAAGAGGAGCAUGCAAAGUCCACACUGUUCACAGUUGUCAAACAAGCACUGAUUUCAUCAGAAGUUUCUUAG